CCACUCCAAAACCCAAAUUCCCAAAAUCAAUCCACCAUAAAACCAUCGCUCUGAUUCUUUCCCCUCCAUUCAGUUCACAUUUUCAAGCUCAGAAAACUUCACAAUGUUAAAAAUGUCGAUCCUCUUAGCUCCUCUUUUCUUCCUUUGUUCUUCUGUUUUAUGUCAAGAACCUUUGCAUAUUUUGACUCUAAAUCGCCAUGAUUCGUCGUAUGUGGAUCCAGUUCAAACAAUUGGGGUUUCUGUGGAGGGAGAAAAGCUUAAUCAGGUUUCGAAUAGCAUUUUAAUGGCGGAAAAUUGGCUAAGGACUCAUGUGUUAUCUCGUUAUUCAUCUGGUAAUGUAAAUUCCAUUGUUGUUGCUAACGAUCUUCUUUGUAAUGAGAAAAUCAGAAAUCGAGAAGAGCUCGUUAGGUUAACUCUGGAUGCAAUGAAGAACAUAUUGUUGACUUCUGAGCUGAAAUCGAUGAAAGAUUUGGGCGUUUUUCGAUCGGAAACAGUAAAUGUCAUCUUCCCCAUGUCAAAACAAGCAAAACCCACAUCGAGAAAGCUUCAAUUCCUCGACCCUUUGUGGUUCCCACCAACUCCGCCAUCACAGGCGGUAGAAUUCCCACCGGCGACGUUUACUCUACCCUUUCCACCAGAAACUCAGCCUCCAACGAUGGCUCCGGCGAGCAGCCCCUCUCCACAUCACAUGUUCAAUCUUCCACCCUGUAACCCAUACCCUCAUUUCUACCACGCUGCUCCACCCGUAGUCGGCAAUGGUGGUGGACGAAUGGCUGCGCCACCCACUGCGGGUAAAUCAAUGGCUGCACCACCGGCGUCAGGCGGUGGUUAUGGGCAAGAAGGAAUGUGGUGUGUGGCAAAGCCUAGUGUACCAUCGGAAAAGUUGCAGGUGGCGAUGGAUUACGCUUGUGGACCAGGAGGCGCUGAUUGUGAUCCGAUCAAGCCGAAUGGGAGCUGUUAUUCGCCGGAUUCUGUUGUUGCUCAUGCAUCUUAUGCUUUCAAUAGUUAUUGGCAGAAGAACAAGAAAAAUGGUGGAAUUUGUGGGUUUGAAGGAACUGCGAUGCUCAUUACUUCUGAUCCAAGUUUUCUUCGUUGUCAUUUCAUGCUCGACUAAGUUUAGGAUUUUGCCGAAUUGGAUGAGAAGCUGCUUGAUUUUUGGGCGCGUUUUGCAAUCUAUUGGAAUAAUUUUUAUUUUACGUACCUUUUGUAACAUAUUUAUAAUCUAUUAAAUUUUAUAAUAAUUUCAUUAAGUAUCGGGAUAUCGGGCUUUUAUGCUAUUUGAGAAUAACAAUAAACAACUUUCCA